AUUUCCUUUGGGAAUGUGCACGUCGGUUCCUUCUACGGCCGCCGCAUCCACAAUAAUGACUGCAGUGUCGGUGACCACGCCGCUGGUUAUAGAGGGCGUAGCGUACGUUAUUCUCGUGGGAAAGUUGUGCUUGCAGCAAUGCCGGCCGAGUAACCUCAGUCCGCGAAGCCGGCGGAACGUAAUCCUUAUCAAAUUGCUGGCGGUGACGUAUGUGUGGAAUAUCGGCUGUUUUGCGCCGGUGCCGAUAAUGGUGUUCCUCAUUCGGUACACUGGUUUGGGGAAUUACGCGUACGUCUGGUUGCGAUCGCUGGAACAAUGUGGUUCAGCAGGAACACCGGCCAUCUUUAUCUGCAUGAACCUGGAAUAUAAGAAAGGACUGAGGAACCUGUUCGUGAAGAAAAGGAAAUAUCAGGAGGAUUCUUCGGCUCAGAAGUCAUUGCGACAGAAGAGUACCCAACAAACGGACGAAUACCCGUUGAAGCGCUAUAAUGCUAACACACCGUCUUUGGCCAUAGAGCGCUGAUCGUGUUAGUUUAAUCUGCUUACGCUAACUUUUGUAAUCUGCAUUUUA